AUGGAACCGGCUUCUAAAGCGCAAAACCGUAAAGCUACCUCGGCCACGGAUCAAGCCCCCCGAAAGAGACGCAAACGGACUGUCGUUACUGGUGCAGCGGAGGAUUGCUUCACCUGCGCCCGACAAGGAUUUUCCUGUGAUCGGCGACGCCCAUAUUGCUCUCAAUGUCUUGAUCAUGGUCGGGAAUGCUCGGGUUAUAAGACCAAAUUGACUUGGGGUGUUGGUGUUGCCAGCCGGGUGCACCAUCGCCCGUGGAGCAAAACGGGUACCCACGAAACAGAUGUCUCAAGAGGCAUACCGAACCUCGAUGUACGGUCACAGUUUCAGGAGAGUCCAGACCUCCUCGCGGGUUGUCAUAAUGCGAUCAGCACAAUAGAUGUGUCCUCUAGCCAGACGCAAGUGCGAUCGGCGAUGCCACAAUGGCCAUACCAAGGGAAUGCCCCGGGGCCUGAAACAACAGAAGUAGUUGAGGAACAGGAGGAGCGAGAAAGUACAGGCAGUCCUCCUCUACGCGCCGAAACUUGCCAUUCACCAUCACUGUCACAGCUGCUUCUAGCGCGCUCUGUUGGCCGGACCCCACGACUCCGAUAUCUAAUCAGUUAUUACGCCGAAGUCAUCGCGCCCAUGAUCGUUGCUUUCGAUGGCCCAGCAAACCCAUUCCGCACAUAUGUUCUACGCCUAGCGCAGAAGAGCUUAUCGCUUCAGGAAGCUAUCGCUACGUUAUCUACAUGUAACAUACGGCAGAGGCAUGAGCGGAGGAUGAGGCCGACAGAGCGGUCCCUUCCAGCACGCCUAUCAUCGUUAGCCCACCGCGCCUUAACUGACCAGGCGUUCCGAGAUGAAUGCGGGGUGUCAAGCCCUGGGGGAUUUGCUCGAGAGGAGCAAUACCAUCGAGGCAUGGCUGUCAGAGCUUUGAAUAUGGAGUUGGCCGAUCCGCAUGAAAGACUGUCGGAUUCCGUUCUUGCAACACUGCUGGUUCUUUGCCUGUUCCACAUGUGUGAUACUGGAGUCGCUCAAUUCAAAACUCAGUUCGCUGGGGUGACAAAGUUGUUGGCUAUCCGAAUGCGCAGUUCUCCCCGAAUGUCGGAGGAGUUGAAAUGGUUCAUUCGUGUGUUCACCUGGUUUGAUACGAUGACGGCUACCACCAAUGAUCGCGAAACACAGCUUCGCGGUGCUUGCUUAGAUAUUGCGGCGGUUUCAGACGGCGAGUGGGGGCUCGAAAAUCUUGCAGGUUGUGACCCCAGCCUGUUCAAAUUCAUUGCGCAGCUUGGUCGUUUGAAUCUUUUGAGUCAAGAUCAGAAUAUCAAGGCACCGGGACUGGUGGAUGUAUUUGUUCCGUCUUCUGCGCCUCCACCAUCGAUGACAUACCACUAUUCGCCUUCGUCGAUUUCAGACAUACCUAUAGUUAGCAACAAUUACUCGCUUCCAUUGCCCUGUCUACCGCAAUCGAGUGACCCUACAAGGCGACCAUUAUCACCGACGUUUUGGGCUGAGUGGCAUUCGUUACGGCAAAAGCUUGAAUCAUGGCGUCUCCCACGGCAGGACAGUCAACCCUUCGGUGCUGCCCCCGCGUCUACAACAAAUGCUUACAUCUCGCCACCUUCAUCUCCAUCAUCCCACGCCGUUGUUGCCCCCCAGAACCUCGAGGAUGUCUUUCAUAUCUCUGAAUCAUUCCGUCAUUCUGCGAUUCUCUAUACCGAGCGACUUGCGUAUCCGGAUUUGCCAUCCAGUCACCCCCGUAUUCAAUCACUUGUGUACCGUGCGAUGCAUCAUAUCUCACUAGUUAAGUCGGACGUAUACCUAUUAUGGCCGCUUUUUAUCACCGGCGCCGAGUGUGUGCUUGAAAAACAUCGUUCAUUCAUCCGAGAGCGCUGCGAGGACCUUUCCAAAGAUUCUGGAUUUCUAAAUAACCUCUCAUGUCUAGAGCUGCUAGAAAACAUAUGGGCAGGAGUCCCUAUCAUGACCGAUGUUGGCGAUAAUACCGAUCGUGCAUCACGUGGCACAUAUCCUGACGCAUCUGAAGACGCAAUGUCAGCCUUGGAUGAUAAUUUGCCUCAUAGUGAAAUGCCAGCGUUUCCGAUCCAAGCACCGCUUGCGAGACCGCAUGGAUUCCGAUGGCACCAGGUGAUACAGGCUAAACGUGCCGAAGGGGAAUAUAUGGUGGUGUGA